UAUAACUUUCCAGUUAACGACACCGUGGUUGAGCCUCGAGAUCCAUGUGAAUACCGAAGGAUUCACGGUGCAUUUUCCUCCAAAAACGCAACUUCUAAUUGAACCACCGGCCAAGCCCCUCCCACUCUUUGAUUUCAAGCAACUACUGUGCAAUAUGGGCCUUAAUAUAUUUCCGGAUCGAGAUGCUGCUUGUUAUGUAGAAAAUACAUCAGAAAAACACCUUGCAAUGGAGUAUCACACUUACUAUUGCAUGGCAUGUUUCUGCAGGACAUUCCGCUUUAAACAUAGUCCUUGGAAUCACCUGUCCCAUCGUCGUUAUGCUGUCAUAAAUAUACAGGAUGCCCUCGAGAGUCGAACAAUUGAACGUGCUCCAUUCGAUGUUUUGAUCUUGCCAAACGAGUGUUUCCGCGUAAAAGUGAAGGAGGAAUGCAGUAUGAACUUGGACAAUGUAAACCUCACCUACUUGCCAGAUCCGCCAGGACAGGAGUUCCAACCCGACUUGUACUUUUUGUUGAAGUCUACAGUCGCGGAUGUCAACCUUAAAGACGCAGAUGAAGCUACUUUGAACCUAACUAACAACGUAGUACAAUUGCUCUGGAAUAUUCGGCCCUUAAGCUUCUCAUAAAUGUCUUCCACUCAGGAUUCACAGCACGUUUAGAUAAUAAAUUUUAUGUUUUCUAGUCAGCGUCAA